CUUUUCUGUCAGUGAAUUUUUAAUGGUUACAUGAUUUUGGUCUCCCAUGGCUCUAGCUCUGAGCUUAGAGUGAGAUAAGUAUUAAUGGACUAGAGGGCAAUCAGAAUUGGGAGCAAAACUUUUGCUGAUCUGGAAGAUCGAAUGGUAGAUCGAUAUUGGGUUGCCUUCCUUGUGGUGUUUUCAUGCCUUGUUGCGGUUUUGGAUGCUAGUCCUGGUGAUGCUGACCCCAUUUAUCGGUCCUGUGUAGGACAAUGUGAAAAGACUGGAUGUAUUGGGGAACGUUGCUUUCUGAACUGUAACUUUUCUUCAAAUGGUGUAUCCAAUAAUGAUCCAUGGUACAUGCAAGAACCUCUUUAUUUGCGGUGGAAGCAAUGGGAUUGUCAAAGUGAUUGCCGUUACAAUUGUAUGAUUGAUAGAGAGAAAGAGAGGGAGGGACUUGGUAAUGGGCCUGUCAAGUAUCAUGGAAAAUGGCCCUUCAAGCGUGUGUAUGGAAUUCAGGAACCUGCCUCUGUAUCUUUUUCUGUGCUUAACCUUGCAACGCAUUUCCAUGGUUGGCUAUCCUUUUUCAUCCUUCUGUACUAUAAAUUGCCUCUAAGACAAGAUAAAUCGGUGUACUAUCAAUAUGCGACUCUGUGGCAUAUUUAUGGGCUUUUGUCAUUAAACUCCUGGUUAUGGAGUGCUGUUUUUCACAGUCGAGAUGUGGACUUGACUGAGAAGUUAGAUUACUCAUCUGCGGUUGCGUUAAUUGGGUAUUCCCUAAUUUUGGCCAUAUUAAGAAGUUUAAAUGUGACAGCUGAGGCUGCAAGAGUAAUGGUUGCUGCUCCGCUGCUUGCAUUCGUGACUACCCACAUAUUGUACCUCAACGUGUAUAAACUAGAUUACGGUUGGAAUAUGAAAGUUUGUGUUUUCAUGGGAGUGUCUCAACUUCUGCUUUGGUUAAUCUGGGCUGGCGUCACUCGUCAUCCUUCUCGCUGGAAACUGUGGGUGGCUGUCGUGGGAAGUGCACUUGCAAUGCUGUUGGAAAUCUUUGAUUUUCCUCCGUAUCAAGGAUUCUUUGAUGCACAUGCUCUCUGGCAUGCUGCAACUAUUCCAAUUACCUACAUAUGGUGGAGUUUCAUUAGGGACGACGCUGAGUGGCAGACCUACGUCCUUGCUAAAAAGUCGACGAAGAAAGCAAAGUAACAUGUUACUGAACAAACUUGUUAACGGUAUUAUCUCAAGCGAUUAUAUUAGAGCGAGUCGGGUUACAUGCUUGUGUUGAGAACCAGGUAGUACCAGAAGCAAGUCACACUGUGUUCACUCAGUGAAGAUCAUGUCUGGGAAUUUUUUUUUAAUUUUUUUUUUUGUUUUUUGGACUUGAUUGUUGUGGUCUUUGUUGUAGAACACCACCUUUUUGCAAUGUUUCAAUCCAAAACUAGAUCCUGCAAACGUGAAAUCUGAUAUUAGUUUUUUCUUUCUUCUA